AUGUAUGAACUUCCUAAUAAUAUAAAAGAGCUGGCUGAACUCACUGAUUCCUUCUUCAACAUAGAAAGCAAAAGCCCAAGUGAAAUAGUUAAUGCUGCUCUUGAUGGAAUCAAGAAAUCUAAAAUAAAUGUCAGGAAUUUUUUCGAUCUGAUAGAAAACAGUGCUUUGGUCAACGGCCCACAACACAGUAAGUUUUAUUGUCAGAUUCUUCAAGUGUUUACUAAAGUAAUUCAAGUAGAUCAAGAAAAUUUAAAUUCAGAAUUAAUCAAACAUCUCAAGAACUACCAACAGCCACCAGAUACAGAAGAAAUGUGCCUAAAGAAGAUGAUCAUGUAUGAUGAUAUUGGUAAUUUCAUUAAUUAUAUCAAUGAUACGAAUGAAUUCUUCAAAAAAGUAAAUGCAACUGAAUUGCUGAUAUCAUGUGCCAGAUCAGGAGCCAUCAACAUCUUCAAAUACCUUAUUGUUAAUGAUAUCAUGAAAAAAGUUGAUAAAACAAAAUUGUUUUUAUCGGAUGCAAUCAGAGGAAAGAACAGCGAGAUCAUCCAUGAGUUCGAGAAAUACGUUUACGUCACUGAAAUAGAUAUGCAAAGCGUCUACUUUUUCCAUGACAGAAUUUUUAUCGAUUAUUUGCACGAUAAAUAUGAUUUCAACUACAAGCCAUACUAUGCACUAAGAUACAGAGACCUUAAGCUGUUUAUCGAGCAGUUUGAGCAGACACCAAUAGAAAAAGGAAAAAUUAUCAUCAAAUAUUUAAAGUGUGCAAUACAAUCUGGCUUUGUUAUUAUCAUACAGUACUUCUUAGAUCAGUUACUAGCCAUUCAGGACUGUUUCGACAACCUUUACCACAGAUAUACGAAAGUUGUCAAUCUUGCCAUCGAAGAAAGGUAUCCAAACAUCUUGAAUAUGCUUAUGGACUUCUCAAAGAAGUUCAAUUUCAAGAAUAAGAUAUAUCCGGACGUAAAUGAGGCCUUUGAAACUUAUUCUGAAACAAUUUUCAUCGAAGUCCUCAAAUAUUACGAAAAAGGUGACAUGCAGAAUGGAGACACAGACUGGGAUGUCUUCCAAUACGUCUACCAGAACUUUAGUUCAAAAAGUGUCGAAAUGUUGAUCAAAAACGGGUUUUACGACAUAGAAGAUGUAUACUACUGCAUGGAGAACUGCAACUACGUCGCAAUGGAGCUGUUUGCAAAGCACGGAUUCGAUUUUUCGCUCGUGAUGAACCCUGAUUUCUCAAAAAGAUUCGGAUGGAUGAGUAAUCAGUUGUUGAAUUUCAUUGUGCAACUGAAGAAGAAAUACCCGAUCAAAUAG